AUGGGAGGAAUCUGUUAAAUGUAAAUUACUAUUUCCGAAUAAGAAAAUAAUAUUUCUAAAUAAGCAAGAAUCUAUAUAAAAGGUCCACCUAAAGUUUAAAAGCCUUGUCCUAUUAAUAAUUUGUAAAUAUAAUCAGAUGUAGUUCCUAUAGAAAAGGAAAAUUUCAUUUCAAUACCAAAAAUUAUAUCCUAAUAAGAAGAAUUUGCUAUUACUGAAUAAGAAAAGGCAAUCAAGGAUGUCAAAUUUUAAUUAACAGAAGAAAUUAUCUUUCUUUAAGAAAGGGAUUAAUAAGAGCAGUAAAACAACUCAAAUGUUGAAAAAAACAGUCUAAAAAACUAAAAGAAGAGUUCAUGUUAUAAUAUUUGUAAAGGUAAGUCAAUACUUAAAAAUAAAAUAUAUGAUGGAUCCAAUCCUUAAAGUCCUAAAACUCAAUUAAAAGAAUCUUUAACAUUUGGUUCACAAAGAUCUUUAAAAAAGGUAACUUUCAAUAAAAAGCAGAAAGUAAUUUACAGUAGUUUUAGAAAUAUAAAAAGUUGA